CGCAGAUAACACCGCCCACUUCGAAUACCCCGGGAAGCAAAGCAAGCAUGCACUUCUAAAUGUAGCUAGCAGGUAGCUUUAGCUGGCUAACGGUAUAUUUACGAGCACAGAGGAUGGAAAGCAGCGAGGGAAUGGAGGUGGAGGGCUGGGACUCCAGUCUGGAGGAAGAACUGGGCAUUUCUCUGGACGAGCUGAAGAAGUGGAUUGAAGAGGCCGUGGAGAAGAGUGAGAUUGUGCAGAGGAAAAAGGCUCAGCUGACACAGCUGAAGGAAUGGGUAGAGCAGAAAGAGGAGGAGGAGGCAAUGACAGAGACUCUCCUAACUGAUGCCAACCAGUCCAUAUUGGAGUGUGAAAAGCUCGUGAAGGCAACCUACCAUAGGAAUGGCCUCGUCUAUCGGGAGAGCAGCUCAGAGGAUGAAGGGGGCGUUGGAGGGGUGCUGUCCUCCGAGGUCAUUGAGAUAGAUGACGACGACGAUGAUGAUGUCAUUGCUGUCGGUUGUUUGGUUCCUCCAAAGAAGACUGUUACUCCUGUCAAAGAUCCAGCGCUAAAAGAGACAUCCACAGCUCUACAGAAAACCUCCCAGCAGGUACAAAAAUUGGUCCAAAUGGUCAGUAAGACUUCACCAGGUGCACCGCUGCUCAGAUCUCCAGCACAACCUCCAGCCCAGUCAGGUGUUCACGCUUCAGUACCAGCAGUGUUUGUAUCCCAGGUUCCAUCUCAGUCGAUGACCCAGCCGAACCCGAAAAUGAAAGAGGAUGAGCUCAGAGUCGGGAUGAGCAUUCUGGGAAAGAAACGUACCAAAAUCUGGCACAGAGGCACCCUUGUUGCCAUUAAUCCUGUCGGAAACGGUAUCUACAAGUAUAAAGUAAAGUUUGAUAAAGGCAAAAGUCUGCUCUCUGGAAAUCACGUGGCUUUCGACUAUAACCCCACCCUGGAGAGUCUUUAUGUCGGGGCCCGUGUAGUCGCCAAGUACAAGGAUGGCAACCUGGUGUGGCUCUAUGCUGGAAUAGUAGCAGAGAUGCCCAACAACAAGAACCGAAUGAGGUUUCUGAUCUUCUUCGAUGAUGGCUAUGCCUCAUAUGUGACACUACCUGAGCUCUACCCUGUAUGUCGACCACUAAAGCAUACUUGGGAGGACAUAGAGGAUGCGUCAUGUCGAGACUUCAUCGAGGAGUACAUCACUGCCUAUCCUAGCAGACCUAUGGUGCUCCUAAAACUCGGCCAGAUCAUCAAAACAGAGUGGGAGGGAACCUGGUGGAAGAGCAAAGUGGAGGAAGUGGACAGCAGCUUGGUCAAGAUCCUCUUUUUGGAUGAUAAGAGGAGUGAAUGGAUCUAUAGAGGCUCCACCAGGUUGGAGCCAAUGUUCAACCUGAAGAUGACCACCGCCAACACCCAGGAGAAGAAGCUCGCUGGCCAGCAGAGGACACGGCCUAACAUGGGUGCACUGAGAAGUAAAGGCCCAGUAGUUCAGUACACCAGUGAUGGACAUGUUGGAGCCUCUCCUGUCACAUCACAGCAGACCCCAUCCGGCCAGCCUAUACAGACACCACAACCUCAACAGCCGCCACAGCCUCCACAGCUCCAACAAACCGCUCAGCCUGCACGGCCUCCACAAACUACACAGUCGCCACAAACUCUGCAACCUUCUCAAACUCUGCAGCCUCCACAGCCUCCACGUAUCGACAAUAAACAUCAGAUGGCAAAGAAGAGUACUUCUCCAUUUGUCCCUGGAGUGGGAGGCACUCAUGCCUCCAAAGUUAUGCAGUCUCUUUCCUCCAGUCCCAGCAACCUGCCUGGUGCAAGAAUUUUAAAUACCCCAAAUAGUGCAACCGUCACUUUCACACAGCCGUUUCAGAGACAGUUGCCCUCUCUGGCUCCUACCCCACCUCCUCCUGUGGCCCACGCUAUGGCCACCAUCCCACAUCAGCCCUCAUACCGUGCCCCGACAGACCGCAUCUUUUACCUGGCACACACGUGUCAACCCGCUUGUCUGAAUCGUGUCCGACCAGCAAAAUCAGACAUGCACCGAGGAAAGAACCCCCUCCUCACACCUUUACUGUACGAUUUUAGACGCAUGACGGGACGACGCAAAGUCAACCGCAAGAUGACCUUCCAUGUGAUCUACAAGGCUCCUUGCGGGCUUUGCCUGCGUAACAUGUCAGAGAUCCAGCACUACCUCUUCCAGACACGCUGUGACUUUAUAUUCUUAGAAAUGUUCUGUCUAGACCCCUACGUGCUUGUGGACCGGCCCUUCCAGCCACAGAGGCCCUUCUAUUAUAUUCCAGACAUCACUCGAGGAAAGGAGGACAUCCCACUUUCCUGCGUCAAUGAAAUUGAUUCCACCCCACCUCCUAAAGUAGCCUACAGUAAAGAGCGUAUUCCUGAGGACGGAGUAUUCAUCAACACCAGUCCAGACUUCCUGGUUGGGUGUGAGUGCACUGACGGCUGCCGAGACAAGUCCAAAUGCUCUUGCCACCAGCUGACCCUCCAGGCGACGGGUUGUACACCGGGGGCACAGAUCAACCCAAAUGCAGGAUAUUUGCACAAACGAUUAGAGGAGUGCCUGCCCACAGGGAUCUACGAAUGUAAUAAGCGCUGCAAAUGUUCUCAAAUGUGCACCAAUAAGCUGGUGCAGCACGGCCUGCAGGUGCGUCUCCAGCUCUUCAAGACCCAGAACAAAGGCUGGGGCAUCCGCUGCCUAGAUGACGUGGCCAAGGGCUCUUUUGUAUGCAUCUACGCUGGUAAAAUCUUGACAGACGACUUUGCUGACAAAGAAGGCCUAGAGAUGGGCGAUGAAUAUUUUGCUAACCUGGACCAUAUAGAGAGUGUGGAGAACUUCAAGGAGGGUUAUGAGAGCGAGGCUCACUGUUCGGACAGCGAGGGGAGUGGUGUGGACAUGACCAGGAUAAAAAUCCAACCUUCCGCCUUAGUAUCAUCUAACCCUGUGGGCCGACCACCCAAGAAGGGUGAGUCCAAGUCCAGUGCUCAAAGCCCAAGCUCAUCAGGGGACAGCAAUGACGAUGACGACAAAGACUCUAAGAGUGAAGAUGAAAGUGACAGUUCAGACGACACGUUUGUGAAGGAUAACUAUUACAGCUCCAGCUCCGUGUGGAGGAGUUACACCACACGUGGUCAGGUUAAAGGCAACAAGGAAGGGAGUCAAGAUAGUAAAGAUGGAUUGAGUGCGUCGGCCAGAGGAACUGAUGAUGAAAAGCCACCGUCCAUGCCAGAGGAGACGGGGAAGAGCAAAGUGGCCUCAUGGCUCACCAGCCAGGGACUGAAGAAGGAAUCUGGAGACAGCAAGAGUCAUGUGAAGUCAGAGACGACGGGGAAGAAGCAGGAUGUGAUGACGCUCUCUGACAGUGACGAUGUUCAGACCAUCAGCUCCGGAUCUGAAGACAACAAGGAGAAAGAGAAAGUCCCCCAGGGUGUGACUAAAAAGCAGGUAGCAGUGAAAUCCACACGCGGCAUCGCUCUGAAGAACAGUCAUGGCAUGAUGGUAAAAACAGGUCAGCCUGGAGGCGGGGGAGGGCAGGGGGGUCAGGGAGGAAAAUCAGGGCAGCAGGGACAGACCGGAGCAGGUGGAGACAACGCUCCCAAAAACACCCGUCAGUUCUUUGAUGGCGAGGAGUCCUGCUACAUCAUUGAUGCCAAGUUGGAAGGCAACCUUGGGCGUUACCUUAAUCACAGCUGUAGUCCUAACCUUUUCGUCCAGAACGUGUUUGUGGACACACAUGACUUGCGGUUCCCCUGGGUGGCAUUCUUUGCCAGCAAGCGGAUCCGGGCCGGCACAGAGCUCACCUGGGACUACAACUACGAGGUGGGCAGUGUGGAGGGCAAAGUGCUGCUCUGCUGCUGUGGAUCCACUGAGUGCAGAGGAAGACUGCUGUGAUCUGUUGGACUUCACUCCGUCUACUUAAUCUAUAGGAAACUUAAAGGUGUAGUGUGUAGGAUUUAGUGGCGUCUGGCAGUGAGGUUGUCGUUUGCAACCAACUGAAUACCCGUCCCCUCACUCUCCCCUUCCAAGCGUGUAGGAGAACCUACAGUGGCUGCAAAACU